AUGUACUUCUUCCUCUGCAGCCUGUCCUUUAAUGACAUCAGUUUAAGCACAAGCAUAAUCCCUAAGAUGCUGGUGAACAUCCACGUUCAGGAUCACAGCAUCACUUACUCAGGCUGCCUCACCCAAGGUGGCUUGGUCAUAGUGUUUGCAUACUUGGAAAAUUUUCUGAUUGCAGUGAUGGCCUAUGACUGCUUUGUGGUCAUCUGUCACCCCCUGAGGUACAGGGUCAUCAUGAUCCUCUGCCUUUGUGUCCAGCUGGUCAAGAUUUCAAUGUCCAUUAGCAUUGUCGUUGGCCUGUUGCACAGUGUGAUGGUGCUGCAGCUGUCCUUCUGUAGAGCCAUGGAGAUCCCACACUUCUUCUGUGAAUUUACUCUGUUCAUCAAGCUCACCUACUCUGACACCCUCUUU